AUGCCAAGAAAAGGAAUGAAAACUCUGAAUUGGUUUUCUCCAAAACACAGUUCAGCAAGUGAUAUGAAUUCUCCAUCUACUUCACCAUUCUCUUCUCCUUCCCGUUUUGCCUUUUCGCCAUCCAGGCCGAGUUUUUCUGAAGCAGUGAUUGAUCGGACGAUCGAGAUGGCUGAGCAGAUGAUCACGAAAUGGGAUCCUGAUACUACUACCUUCGCUAAGGUGACUUCUCUGUUCUAUGAGAAUCGAAAAGAAGCUAAGGAUUUCAUCAAAUAUGUGAAUAAUUUACAUAAGGCGAUGCAUUUUCAUGCUAGUGAGAAUUCCAGAUCCGAUAAGCUUGUUCGUGCUCAAUCAUUGAUGCAAAUCGCGAUGAAACGACUGCAGAAGGAGUUUUAUCAGAUUCUAUCAAUUAACAGAGCACUUUUGGAUCCAGAAUCUAUAUCCACUGUGUCUUCACGUACUUCGAUAAGUACUCGAUCGAGUACCUCUGAGUUCAACAUUGAGGAUGAUGAUAUUGAUAAUCGUGUUGCAAUUGCUGGUGAAUCUAUUUCUGAAGUUGAGGAUAUUUCUAAUGUUGUAAUGGCGGAUUUGAGAUUGAUUGCAGAGUGUAUGAUUUCUUCUGGAUAUACGAAAGAGUGCUUGCAGAUUUACAAAGUUAUACGUAAAUCGAUUAUCGAUGAAGGGAUUUAUAGACUCGGUGUUGAGAAAUUGAGUUCUUCGCAAGUUCAUAAAAUGGAUUGGGAAGUUAUGGAUCUGAAGAUUAAUGAUUGGCUUAAUGCAGUGAAUGUAGCUAUGAAAACAUUGUUCGACGGUGAGAGGAUUCUCUGCGAUCACGUUUUUGCUUCCAGUGAUGCAAUUAGAGAAUCGUGUUUUACUGAAAUUUCAAAAGAUGGAGCUAUGAUUCUGUUUAGCUUCCCGGAAAUUGUGGCGAAAAACAGUAAGAAGUCGCCGGAAAAAGUGUUCCGUAUGCUCGAUAUGUACACUUCAAUCGUCGAACACUGGACGGAGAUUGAAACUACAUUUUCCUUCGAUUCAGAAUCUGCUAUCCGAUCUCAAGCUAUGACGUCUCUCGUUAAGCUUGGCGAGUCUAUAAGGAUGGCUUUGGCUGAAUUUGAAACUGCUCUUCAAAAGGAAUCGUCAAAGACGACGGUUGCCGGCGGUGGAAUCCAUCCUCUCACCAUUGACGCAAUGAAUUACAUCAUUCUACUUGCCGAUUACAGCUACGUACUCUCUGACAUCCUCGGCGAGUCUCCUCCUCCGGCUAAAAGUUCAUUGCCUGAAUCAUAUUUCGGUAUGGCUGAUUCCGAUGAGUCUCCAGCACCGGUAAUCUCACUCCGAUUUGCUUGGUUGAUUCUCAUUCUUCUCUGCAAACUCGACGGCAAAGCAAAGCACUACAAAGACGUUUCCCUCGCGUACCUCUUCUUAGCCAACAAUCUCCGGUACAUCGUCGUAAAAGUCCGUUCAUCGAAUCUCAAGUACUUGCUAGGUGAAAAUUGGAUAUCAAAACAAGAGGGAAAAAUCAAAAAGUUUGCCUCCAAUUAUGAACAGCUAGGAUGGAGCCACGUCAUCCAAUCUCUCCCGCGAGAUCCAAAAGCCUCGAUCUCUCCACAACAAGUGAAAGAGAUAUUCAAGAGAUUCAAUUCAUCAUUCGAGCAAGCUCAUCGGAAGCAAUCUCUCUACGUCGUACCAAAUAGUAAGCUCCGAGAUGAUUUGAAAGUAUCGAUUGCAAGGAAAAUACUACCAGCUUAUAGAGAGUUUUACAAUAUACAUAGAGAUACGAUAGCAAAAGAGAGACAUUCGAAUCAUGUGAUCAAAUAUUCUCCGGAGGAUUUAGCACAUUAUUUGUCCGAUUUAUUUUUCGGACCGAUUGAAUCGGGAAGUUCAUCGUCAGUUGAGUCAUCCCCAUCACGUACAAUACCAUCACAAUUGCAGUGAAGAAAAAAAAAUAGAGUAAUUGUUUAUUCUUCUUUUGUUAUCUCAUGUGUAAUUUAUAUGAAUGA